AUGCGAGGCGAGACUACGAUUGUAGCUCGCCGUGCCGCGCUGAUUAAUACAAAAGUACGAAGGAAGUACGAAGGAAGUACGAAGGAAGUACGAAGGAAGUACGAAGGAAGUACGAAGGAAGUACGAAGGAAGUACGAAGGAAGUACGAAGGAAGUACAAAGGAAAUACGAAGAAAGUACGAAGGAAGUAGGAAGGAAAUACGAAGGAAGUACGAAGGAAGUACGAAGGAAGUUCGUAGGAAGUACGAAGGAAGUACGAAGGAAGUACGAAGGAAGUACGAAGGAAGUACGAAGGAAGUACGAAGGAAGUACGAAGGAAGUAUGA